UCUACGCCACGAAUACACUUUGUGUGCCGGAUGUGGUAGUUUAUUGCUUGAAGCCCCCGGAAACAAACAUUGUAUCUCCAACCAUGAAGCUGUUGGCCAUUCCCUUCCUGUGUGUGGUGGCAUCGAUUGGAGUGCAAACGGUUGGUGCGAAGCUGCUGUACAAAAAUGUGGAAACGUUUGACGAGCUGGAACAGCACAACGAUGAGCAUGGCAAGUCUCGAUCGAAUCGUACCGUGGAACGCAUCAAUCUCACCGUGCCAGGCACCAAGUGGUGUGGACCGGGCAACACCGCCAGCGAUUAUGAGGAUCUUGGCUCAAACUCCGAAGUGGACAAGUGCUGUCGCGAUCACGAUCAUUGCGAUAACAUCCCAGCCGGUGAAACGAAAUAUGGACUGAAGAACAACGAUUACUUCACACGACUGCACUGUAAAUGUGAUCGUGACUUCCAGAACUGUCUGCGCCGAGUGAACACAACCUUCUCCAACAAGCUUGGCAACUUUUACUUCACUGUACGAGAUCAGUGCUACAAAAAGCAGCACCCGAUAGUGGACUGUGCUGAGCAUACGAACAAAAUUUUUCUUCGCCGUUGCGUACGCUAUGUACUGGACACCUCCCGCACUGACAUGUGGCAAUGGUUCGAUCUCCCGUUCUACGAUGACAACGUGCUGGAUGGAUUUUAAACAUGAACCGG